AUGGAGAUCAACGACGGCUGCAGUCUGGCAGGUUCAAAAUUCAUCAAGAACAAUGCAGGUCUCUGCUGUUUGUGCUGCUGUAGCGGAUAUUACCACGGACAGGGAUUGACGCGAGGGCCGACGGCCAAGCAGUACCCAGUGACGCGGUAUCCGGGCGUAGGGGGCCCGUCGCCCCAGGGGUUCCAGGCAGCCCCGGUAGAUGAGGACGACGAGGAAGACGUGGUGAGCCGCAACACGGUGACGCCGUCGACCGGACCGCAGGCGCUGCUCCUCUUGCGGCAGUCGCACCCCACGCCGCAGCCCCAGCAGAUCUACAGGAAGCCUGUAGCUACAGACAACAGCAGGGACUACCAGCAGCCCAUUGCCGUGGUGCGACAACAGACGCAGCAAAACCGCCGCCCGCCACCGCAGCAACAAGGUGGGCGCGGGGGACAGUACGCCAACCAGCAGCUGCAGGAGGAGGAACUUGAGAAGGAGGAGGAGGAGCCUGACCGUCUGACGCUGCUGCUGCCCCAGUCAAAGUUCGACUGCACCGCCAAGAAGACGGGGUACUACGCGGACGACGGGCUCAACUGUGAGGUGUUCCACUACUGCCAGGACAACGCCAGGCACUCGUGGAUCUGCCCCGAGAGCUUCCUCUUCCACCAGGUUCACCUCAUCUGCAUGCCGCCGAGCGGGGACAACAUCUGCCAGCAGUCAUCCCAGUACCACUUCGUGAACGACUACCUGUACCGCCCGAUCAACGCCGAGGAGGCGCAGACAAAGCCGAACGUGACGCUCCGCUACUCAGACCGCUACUACCCCGACUCGUAUUACGACCCGGUCGAGGAACAGCCCCGUCCCGUCGUCGCAACAACCCCGCGGGGCAGACCGGUCCAAGUGCAGCAGCCCACGCUGCGCCCCAUCCAGUUCCGCCAGCAAGCUCCCAGCAACCAGGUGUUUCACUCCCCCGAGGAAGUCAACAUCCCCCUCCAGCAACGCCGCCCUGCACCACCACCACCCCCACAGCGGAGCUUCCAGGGCAAGGACGACGAGUACGAGUACGACGACACGCCGUUCAGAGGGUAGAAGUGUCUCUCGAACACGCGCAGUUUAACACGAUUACGCCGGAUGCAAGGGCGGGACCGGUCGUCCAUCUGACCUGUGGUUCAACUCGCUGAAAAACGAACGACAUAAAUACGCCCGGCUUUCCUCGCGUAUCGCUGAUCAGAGAAGCGCGCGGCGACCCGGUGCUGCUCACAGGUGAACCGCGGUGGGUCGCCCCGUCGUGAACGUGUUAACAGGCAGUCUUGUUGUACGUACAACACGUCAGCAAUGCAGUCGGAAAAUCACUCCUUACACACAGACAUUGAAGAGUCGGGUGUGGACCCAGACUUGGCCGGACAGCCACUGCAGCGCUCGGACACUGGUUAUUUAUCAUCGUUAUUUAUCAGUGCACUAAUUGCUGUGUGUAAAUGGGCCAUAUUAUGUAAUAAAGCUCAAAUCGUUCUUAUAAUA